GGCCAUCCCGUUUUCUGGCCUUUUGAAUUCCUGAUCAUCUUACUCAAGAAAUCUACAUAAUCCUGCUGCCUUCCAGCGUCUCCGUACCUGAGUGUGUCCGGGAAGGCUGGUGGGUGUUGCAUAUCUUCCCGUGCGCGAUGGAUGACGGGUUACGAACCUGAAGGUCAACUCGGUCCGUGAUUUUGAUUUCACACUUCUACAACAAUAUCUGUCCUCGCUACAAUGGAAUCCGACGAAGCUCCUCCUCCGCCAUACUCUGCGGUCGACCCGUUACUCGCACAAGCAAACAGCCGAAAUGCCGCUGCGACUGCGGAAGUGAAUCGUGUCCUGCUACGUCUGCGUGGGGGGGAGACAACCCUAGGCACCUCGCCCUCGAGUCCUGCGUCCAGCUCCGCCAGUCAUGAUUUUCCAGCAUCCUCCGCCAGCUUGCCUACCCACUUCACAUCUGCUGCGGAAUACUUCGUGGAGCGACCGCCUCCGACUUCAAGCCGUCAGGGGGACAUUGUGGAACAUUGUGUAACUAUCUUUCCGCGCAGCCAAUCAAAGGAUGUCCGGCGUCGACCUCGUUGUUGGACCGCGCAGAAGACGGAAGACAUCACCCAGCAGGACUGGGACGUUUUCCUGAGAUACUUGUUUCCACCGCAUUUGGGUCUAGCGUCUACUUCGGCACAACUGCCCCGUCAAGUCAGAGCAGAGAUUCAGCGUGAUCGCAAGGAUCGGCCCCAGGAAACGGAUGAAGAACGCAAGAGACGGAUUGCUGCCGUGAUAAUGGAGUGGAACCAAUACUUCUUCGAACCCCGCUCGGCUCGUGUCGUAUAUGUCUACGUGAUGGACCCUCAGAGUGCGCCGCGAUCAUCUUUGUGUCCUAAGUGUUGGCCGGCUGCUACAACACGAGAAAACCGAGUCGCCCAGGCGUCCGACGCUGGUCGAGGUCGCUUACAACAGUCGCCUGUGACACCAACAGCUGCUGAGCAGCCUGGUGCGCCUCCAGUCAGUGCUGUCUAUACACCAGGGCCAUAUGCCUACCCACAAUAUCCUACCCCUCAUACACCUUACGCACCUUAUGGGCAUCCUGCGCCAUACAGCCCUGCUGUGUAUCCGCCUCAUCCCGCAUACCAUUACCCCCCUCCUCCACCACCGCCGCCGCCGCCGCCCGGUCACUACCCUCCUCAGCCUCCAUGGGGCUGGACUGCUCCCCCUUAUGGGGUUCCUUACCAGGAUCCAAGCAUGUCAAAGGGAGGAGGACCCUUAGAUUGGAUAGCGUCGUUGGCCUCGCAGGCCCAAAAGUAUGGAGAGCGCUUCACUGAGCAAGCACAACAUUAUGGAAGGCAGGUGGAGGAACAGGCUCUUGCUCACAGUCGCUGGAUCGAGGAGCAGGCCGGACUCCAGGGACGAAAGGUGGAGGAUGCCUUCACAGGCUUUGUCAGUCCAUCUCGCGAUGAUUGGAUCGCGAACCAACCCCCUAAGCCAGGGUACGUACAGAAUAGCACUGCACAUACACCUACGACCACGCCUACAGCUACGGCUACGACUACGACUACGACAGUUACGCCUCAACGCACUACACCAGCUCAACCCGAACGGACUCGCCGGGCUUCAAUCGACUCGGAGGCAUCCGACUUGUCUUUCUCUUCGAUUGAUUCCCUGUCAACAACGUCCGAGCUCAGCGCCUCUGAUCUGGCCACGGUCCGCGCGCAGCUUUUGUCACUGAACGACCAUCACGACCGGGAGUUGUACGAAGCCGCCGUGGGUCUGCGGCGUCAGCUUGACGUUCUACAGCAGUCGCGACGCCAGAACCGUACAUCUGGACGAAGCGGCUGGCGCCACGGCUGGAGGCGAUGGGACUCGCCAAGCGAGCAGCACCAGAAGCAGUCAGACAAGCGAGCAGUCAAAGAGGAGACCCGAGCCACGCGGAAAGCAUUUCGAGAUGUAUUGCGUCGAGCGCGAGAAGAGCAACGCGAGAAGCGGCGGCUUAAACGCACCCGCCGGCGUCAGGAGCAGCGAGCACGUGAGGUGCAGAGGGAUGGUACUGAGAUGCCACUCGAGCAGCACAUGCAGCGAUUGGAGCUUGACACUAAUCGUGAGAGCCGCUCGACAGUGCAGUCUUUCACCUCCGUUCCAUCCCCGGCGCGGUCCUUGACCGAAUCGGAUAGUGAAAUCAGUUCCAUCAGCACACCGAGCACAUCAAGUAACGAGAAGAUGCCGGUCAAGGGGAAGAGCGAGAAGUCGGCAAUCGAAAGGAAGCCGUGCAAAGAAACAGAGAAGUCAUAUGAGAAAGACAAGAAGGGCUCCGAUCAAUAUAAUCGGGGGGCGUCACGGCGCAAUUAGUGGGCCAUGGCCAGGACAUUAUUACUUGGAUUAUUUUAUGGAACGAUGCAUGAUCAUAGCGGUGUUUAUAUUCAUGGAAAGAGACUGGAAUUGGGAUUCUCUUAUGUAUUUAUUACUUCCUUUAUCAUACCGGCGUCAACCCGGGGUACAAUGUGGUCAUUA